CGCUUCGCUAAAUCUCUGUUUAAAUAUUCUCAAUAAUUAGCUAGUAUAUCAAGGCUACUAAUUAUUGAGUAUAUAUUGAAUUGUUGCUCGCGUCUUAUUAAUUAUAAAUUAAUUGUCGCGUUAUUAACCGCUACCGACCACGUGUCGAAUUUAUACGCGUAUUCGUUUACAGUCGCAUUCGCUAUCGCGUAUCUUGUAGUUGCAUUCGCUAUUUUUCUCAUAGUUUUAGUGUACAUAUUGUUUAAUAAAGAUCUAUUCUUUUAUCUGUAAUUUGUGUUAAUUGUUAGUUAUUGAAUUAACCACACCUACACCAGAAUCCCACAGAGCAUUCGCUCAUUUUACAUUUUGGUCCUUCGAGCCGGAUCUGGUGUGGGUUCAAUAAUUAAUAAUUAUUACAAAUUAAAAGUCGAAAAAAUUGUGAGUAAAAAGUGCAGUGAAAAUUGUGCAGUGAAAAUCGCUAAGUGCCAUGGGCAUUGCUGAGCACUACUAGAGUGCUGCCUGUGGUGAUCAAAUUUACACACCGGUGUAAAAAAGACAUUUAUUUUUUAGACGAUCUAAAACUUAGCGUCGGUUUUACUUUCAUCGCGUCCAUUUUGUGUGCAACGUGUAAUCAAGAUGGCCGCCGAAGCCCAAGUCGCUCUUCAAAUGAACCGCAUCGACACGAUGCGUAAUAUGUCCAACCGCUUGACCGACGCCGUACUCGCUACUCAAGGUGCACCCGCUAUUGACGCUGAACUCGCUUUCUUGAAUGAUUUGUGGACUCGCUUCAACACAACUCAUGAGAGAAUUUUUGAUGAUAUCCCAGAGAUCGUUGAAAAUGAAUACCAUACAGGUAACGCUUUUGGUACCGCUAGUCAAGUGUACACUGAGCUCCUGGUGAGACUCAGCGCUGCUAAACCCGCUCCAGAACGUGUUUAUGAUGCACAUGCUAUCAAUCACGAUCAAACCGCUUACUUUGGAGGUGCGCACAAGACCAACUUGCCGAAGAUUAAGCUGCCAACGUUCCAAGGCAAUUAUGACGAAUGGGAUUCGUUCAAAGAUCUAUUCACGUCGCUUGUCAUCAGUGAAAAUUCGCUAACUGGGUCACAAAAAAUGCAUUAUUUGAAGACUCAAGUAAAAGGUGAAGCCGCUUCGCUACUCGCCAAUUUACAGGCAACCGCUAACUGGUCACUCCGCUGCUGAAUUGAACGCUCUGUUGCUCGCUAACAAAAAAUCGCUAGACGCUAUCGCUGCCUUGGGAGUUCCAAUCAAUGAAUCAGAUCCCUUUCUGAUUCGCUUGACUGUACAUUGCUUGCCUGAAGAUCUCCGAGUGGAGUGGAUGUCCUCGCUGGGACUCUCCAAUGA